AUGGAGAACUCUCAAACCAUGAUGAAGGAGAAGCAGCUAGGGUUCUUCGACUUACUCAAAGAAUCCCUCAAAACCCCCUUCAGAAAUCCCAAUCUCAUCAUCUUUGCCUUCUUUUCCUCUCUCCCUUUGUUCUCCUUUUUGAUCAUGUACGAGACUGUCUUCCAGCAAACCAUGAUCAAAACAUUGAAGGAUAUUUUAAAGGAAAGAACAUCUCCUUCUGAUGUUUUCGAUUAUUAUUAUGCAACACAAGGAGCUACAGAGAGGUUGAUUGAAGGAAUAUCUAGUAAGUUUUUUCUACUUUGUCUCAUAUAUUUAGGGAUACUCCAUUUGCUAGACCUCUUCAGCAUGAUUGCUGUAGUAGAUAUUGCUUCAAUGAUUUACAAAGGAGAUAGGAAAACCAUGAAUCUUAAGGACAUGUUAAGCAGAUGCAUCAAAGAAGCAAGAAUUCAAGGGCCUCUCAUCACAUCCAUCUAUGCUCUCCUUUUAGAUUCUCUUAUUUCAGUUGGACUAGUCUCCACUGUGAUGUACACAUACCUCGGGUCAAUCUCUUCCUUCUUCUCCGUGGUAUUUUCCUUAGUCUUUAUUGGUUUACUAUCAAAAUACAUAGAGUGGAGUGCUGUGUGGAACAUGGGAAUUCUGAUUUCCAUUUUGGAAGAGAAACAUGGUGAUGUAGCAUUGAUAAUCUCAGCAUAUCUAAGCAGAGGUAGCAGGCAGCAUGGAUUUCUUCUAAUGCUAGUGUAUUUUGCGUUGAGGUUUGCCUUAAGAUUGGGAUGCGUUUACGUGGGAUGGGUCAAGGGAGGAAGUGGAGUUGCAGUCACAGUAGUGCAUGCUAGCCUUGUUUGUUUGGCCAAAAUGUGGUUGUGGCUGGCAUUCAUGGUUUACUUCUAUAAUUGUAAGAAGAAACGUCUGCAUGAAAAAAUUGAUGUGGAGGGAGGACAAGAGGAGAGUACUAGAGGGCACUAG